GGUUAACGUCUGGUCGUCGAUUUUGGAAAACAACCAUCAACGAAUGGAUUAUUGAAAAAUAAAUCCACUUUAAAGGAUAUUAAAGAAAUAAAAAGAGUGCUAUUUAAAUUCUAUGAUUUGAAUCAAAGAAAAAAAAGUUUACGGAAAAACUUUAAACAAAAAUGUGAAAAAUUUUUCAAACUAAUCAAUAGCAAGUCCUAGCAAAAGGAGAAUUUGGCCAAAUAAAAUUUCAAUUUACGAUAAUCGCUACAUAAAUAUUUGUGAAAUGUUCAAACCAUAGAGUGAAGCUAUAAAGCAAAAAGAAAAAGAAAAAUACUAAAAAAACAAUAACAAAAAGAAAAUUCAACAAACAGACACAAAGGCUUUUAUCAAAGCUCACAUUUAUCAUUCGCAGUGCUUUGUAUUUCUGCGAAGACCCAACGCAUGGAGCAUAAGGUCUUAAAUCGCAUUAAGCAAUAAAUUUUAAUUUAAAUCAAACGUGUGUUACUGUCAUUCGUAUUGACUUGGCAUUGCCUACCUUUGCAAGGCAACAGAAGCCGCCGCAUACACACACAGACACAUUUUAAUGCCUCAAGCAAUUCAGUGUGAAAUUGUGAGUUGUGAAAAACGCGGGGAAAGCAGUAAAUAAAAGACAAAAAAAAACUACGCCGUGGCGUAUUGUGACAGUGAAAAUUUAAAACAAAAAAUAAUACCCACACACUCUCUCACACAUACCCACUUAUGUAGGCAAACAUAUACGCUUGACAUCGUAGUAUUGCAUAUCUGUCAAUAUACGAAAAGUAAAUUUUAAAAUUUUCUGAACGUGGCGUCAUUACUGUGAAAUGGACAAUGUGUGACAUUAACUGCAUAUGGUUAUUUAAUCUACUUGUGGCGUUUGUUUUAAUUAUACAACAGCAACAACACAAUGUUGUAGUUGUUGCUGAUGCCACCACCAACAGCCUUAAGGAUCACCACCUUCAGCAGCAAAGGCAUUUGCAGGCGCUGCCGCAUGGCAGCAAACAGCAGAGGUCAGCGUAUGCUGACAUUACAUCAUACGCCUCAGCAUCGGCCGCAAAAUACUUACAUCAACAUUCAUUACCCAAAGCGAAUGUGGUAAAACGUGAGAUUCGCAAUGACAAGAAUACGGAUUUUAUUUCAUAUUUAAGUGAUUUCAAUAUGCAAGAUGAAACCUCAAUACCUGAGGAUAUUUUUGACCAAAGAUAUCUGAAAGAAAUUGAAGAGCGGGAACGUAAUGGGGUGGGUGUAGGCAGUGUUACCACAGCUGCUGAAAGUGAUGGGGUGGAAGGUGUCGAUGUUAUUGAUGUCAAUUUACCCUAUGACGAUUCGGAUGCAGAUGCUGAAGCUGACAUAAUUCUGGAAUCACAAAGGUCCAGUGAAAGAAAUUUCAGCUCGAAUGAUGACAACAUUUCCAAAAACAAUGCUAACGAUGGCUUUGAUGACGGCACGCGGCCAGGCAUUGUUUAUAUGGCUGAGGUGAAACCCCAACAAGAUGUUGGGGUUAAAACAGCGGACACUUCCAUGAAAACUUCAUACAGCAAAAAAGAUACGACGUUUAAGGAAAAGAAAAAGAUGAACUUUAACUUUGGCAGUGAUAAGCCAAAGCAGAGAGGCCUUUCUCAAGCCAACGAUGAAACGAGUUCGCCACGCUUCACGUAUGAUUUUCAAGCACAGGAUUUCUUAAAGGAUUCAUGGGGCCAGGACAAUUACGAAGAUGAGUUGGAUGAUGAUGAGGAAGACGAUGAUGAUGGUAGUGCUGAAUAUGAACGUUUCAAAUGCUUGCGGGAGCAGAAGCAAAGGGAGGUCCAACAACAAAAGGAACGUGAGGAACAGCAGAGGAUACUGCAGCAACAGCAGCAGGAGUUAUUGCGCCAGCAACAACAACAACAACAAAAAGCACAGCAGCUGUAUUCAAUAAAAAAGUUAAAGGAAAGAAAAUUUAAUAAGGCAUCGUUGAGUGAGCUUGAAAAGUUUACCCCAGAGGAGCAGGAUGACCAUGACAGCAAUGCUGCUGCUGAUGAUGAUGAUGAUGAGCAGCUUAAUGAAGAAAAUCUUGAUGACAAUGCGGCAGGGCAAGAUAAGAAUGCGAAUGUGAACAACAAUGAUGAUAAUGAUGAUGACGAAACCAAAAUUGUUUACGAUAAACCAUCCUCACAGCAGCUCCAACAGCAACCGGGACCCAUUCAGGAUGCUAUCGGUGACAUUGCAGAUGAGGUCAAUGAGGAAAAACAAAAUUCCUUUCAAGUGAGCAAUGUGGAGAAAAAGGAUUUUUCAAAUUUGUUCAUACCACACAAGAUGAAACGUCAUAAUGGUGCAGCACGUUUGGAUGAUGCCACCAAUCGUCAUACUCGCAUAAGACAGCAAAAGUUGCAGCAAUCAUCGUCAUCGUCAUCAUCCUCAUCACAUCAUUUUGGAAGACCAACUACUAACUCAAAGGAGGAUAAUGCAAGAAUGGACGAUAUCUACAAUCAAGAGGAAUAUAUGCCUCACAUACCAACAAAGGAAAUCAAUUACCCAAAAUCCUAUUACGGCAAUGAGAAUGGAAAUGCUUCCCAAAAUUCAGAAGGACAACAUAACCAACAACAACCAAAGCAGUUUAAGGACAGCAAUAGCCAAACGAGCAGUGACAUUGAAAUGAAGGAACAAUACAGCAGCCACAAGGAGAGCGAAACGUUGAUGGCAGUGACAACAGCAGCACCGUCGUCGUCUACGGUUGCUAACCAUGAAGCAGAGUAUAGAAGACAAUCGCUAUUCGAAAGGGAGAAAUCGCUGAGACGCAAUAGCAAACGUUAUGGCCAUAAAACCCAUAAAAAGAAAUACAAGGAUUAUCUGCACUACUCGUCGGUCAUGAUGAUGAGACAAUCGCCGCCAACACCAUCAGCCCGAGAAGCAACAGAGGCAACAGCAGCUACCAACACAACAAGUUAUGCUGGAAUGGAGAAGACAACAUCUGCACCAGCAGCCUCCACAAAACUCAUAAAAAUGGAUGAAAAUAACAAACAUCGCAAUGAUAAUGCUGAGGAUAAUUUACGUUACCACAAGGAUAAGUAUGCCAAGAAAUUAAAGAUGGAGAAGUUAAGAGGUGCAGUUGUACCACCCUCACCCAUUUUUGUGAUUAAGCCUUCGUCGAGGGGGCCCCCCAUGAUGGCCGGGGUCACCAGCAAACCUUUCUAUGAGGGACAAAUCAAUUACUAUUUGGAAACUGAAGAUGAUGAUGAUGCUCUUAUGGGCGGCCGAGGCAAUGAGGCACGUUUCAUAACCAAAGGUGAUCGCAUGGACACCAACGAUUGGUAUCGCAAACUAAGUCCGGUGCUAAGGAAUGGUGUGAAAACCUCCAGCAGCAGCGGCACCAAUCAAGAGGAUCGACCUACCCCCAUGGGGGCCAUGACCAGACCAGCCCAUAAUGAUAGUAGAGGCAGUGCAUUACAGGGAACGCCUGGCUAUACACCAUAUCAUCACUUAAGAAGCCAUCAUCAACGUCACCACCAACACCACCAGCAACAUACACAUGGCCACCAACAUCAUCAACAUUCCCGCAAUCAUGCCUAUCAACGUAAAAUGUUACCCAAAAAGCCUUUAAUGCUGUCCACCACACCCCAGCCUCCACCUGCAAGGAAACAUGACCCCUCUGCAGCAGUUGCGGCAGACAAUGUACACAGUCACAUGCAGGAGCUGGGCCAUCAAAUCACCGACCUCAAAGAGUUCGAACGCUAUUAUGCCAAGUGGCCACAUUUGGCCCGAGUCCAAUCCCAAUUGCACGAUGAACAACUCCGGGAACAAUUGGAAUUACAAAAUUUACAACAACAACAAUUAGGGCAAUAUCAGGACUAUGAAUAUGAUGAGGACUACUUUGAGGCAUUGCAGGGCAUGUCAGCGGCACCCAAUGCCAGGGAGGCUAAUUCCGAGGAGAAUUUGCCUCCGUACAUAAGAAAAUAUAAUCGGCGCAAUAAACAAUUGCUGGAUUUGUUGGAGGGUACCCUGCCACCACCCACCACUCGGCCUCCGCCACAGCUGAGGUGGUCAGGCUCAAAGGUACAGCCGGGUUCACGUGACACCAGCAAUGUGGGCAGUAUGUCGGUGCGCAUCGAUGAUGACUAUUUGAAGGAGAAACGUAAACGCUAUCAUCAAAGACAAAAACAGAUACACGAUUUGUUUGAACAGCAAAGGGGCACAACGACAACAAUGGCACCCACUCCCUAUGCCUAUGAUGGCAAUAGCAAGGAUAGCCAAAAAGGCAGCAGCAGCGGUAACAACAAUGAUGCCCAAAUGGCAAAUCAUUUGCCUGAUGAAGAUGUUAGCAUUUCGUUGGAGACCCAAGAAGAACACACAAACGAACCCAAUCGAAAUUGGCAAAAGGAAAUUGCAACUAAAUCAACGAAAUCUGCAUCGUCCUUGUCGCCAUCGUCAUCAUCAAAUACCGGAAAUUUACCAAUUCACUGGCAAAUGGAGAAAAUAAUAACACCCUCGCCCAAGAGCGCAACGGGAGUGGAUAUGGCCUCGGCCAAUAAUGUGGCAACACCCAAGCCGGCCAUAUUCAAAUUGCCCUCAUAUCCUUCGAUAGCGGGCAGCUUCAUGCAAAGGCCUCGUUCGCGUAGUGCUCAAUUUGCCCCAAGUUCGGGAUCGGAGUUUCGGCGUGUCACCCCCAAUCUGUAUGGGGCCAAUGGCAAUAAUAAUUUCAUAAAUGCUGGUGGUUAUGUGGCCUAUAAUGGCCAUAAUAAGGCGGCCAAAUCCAUGGCAUCGAGAUUUUCUGGCAAUGAAGAGAAACGCACCACCGCUUUACCACCCUCAUCGGCAAUGGUGGUCUCAGACACUAAUGAUACGUCCAAGAGCAAAAAUAAUCAAGGGGCCUCCGCUGCUGCGUCUUCUGCUUCUUCAACCUCAUCCAGAUCCUCCAAAUCAUCUGCCUCGUCCUCGUCCUCGUCAUCAUCAUCAUCGCCAGCUUCUGUUAGUAAUUCCUUUGUAUAUCAUCGCGUUGUCGAUGCAUCACCGCGCCUCGUGGGUGCCGGUUUGACAGGACGCAAACAGCGUCUGCCAUUUGUGGCCAUCACCGACCGACGUUUGGAGACUUCAAAGAAAUCCUUAACGGAUCAUCAAAAAGACUUUGAACAAAAUCACUAUCCGUUGCCUUAAACACAAAAACAAAAGUAAAAGAAUACCAACAAACAAAAGACAGUAUCACAAAACACCGAAUAAGAAAAAAAGCGAAAUAUUUUAUCCCUCCCUCCCCAAAAAUCCAAAAAAAAAAAAAAAAAAAAACAGAAUCCCCUUCUAAUAAUAAAAAUAUUCUAAUCUUAUAUAAAACAACAUGGAAAUACAAUGAUGAUAAUAAUCAUGGGAGAAUUAUUGGCAUUAGUGAUGGUAGGUAUAGAAAACAACAAUAAAACAAAAAAAGCAGAAGGGACAAAAGUGUCUAAGGGACCGUUUCACAAACUUCAACUAAAAAUUG